AUAAAACAUCAUCUGGGAGAGUGAUGAGGUGAGCCUCAGGGUCAGGGCUCAGCCUACUUAAGUAAGCUCCAAACCCAUCCUGGCUUCUCAGAAACAUAACUACUUUCCAUCAGUUUCUCUUUCUCUCUCUCUGCCUAAGGGAUGGGUGACCGGAAGACUCAGAACAUUGGAGUUUCCGGCCAGCCUCCGGUGGACAUUCCGCCGGCCUUGGCACCUCCGCAGAAGCCGAAGAGGAACAAGUUCGCCUUUGCUUGUGCCAUUUUGGCGUCCAUGACUUCCAUCUUGCUGGGUUACGAUAUUGGUGUUAUGAGCGGAGCAGGAAUCUACAUCCAACGUGAUCUCAAGAUCUCCGAUCUCCAGCUCGAGAUCUUGAUGGGAAUCCUCAAUGUCUACUCCCUUAUCGGCUCAGCCGCCGCCGGUCGGACUUCCGAUUGGAUUGGUCGUCGCUACACCAUCGUUCUUGCCUCCGUAAUCUUCUUCAUGGGAGCCCUUGUCAUGGGCUUCGCCACGGACUAUGCCUUCCUCAUGGUUGGUCGCUUCGUUGCUGGCAUCGGCGUCGGUUAUGCUCUCAUGAUUGCCCCCGUCUACACCGCUGAGGUGUCCCCCGCCUCCACCCGCGGCUUUCUCACCUCCUUCCCCGAAGUUUUCAUCAACGCCGGUAUAUUAUUGGGUUAUAUUUCGAACUAUGGAUUCUCAAAGCUUCGGUCAGGCUUGGGGUGGCGGUUCAUGCUCGGCGUCGGAGCUAUUCCAUCGGUGUUCUUGGCUGUGGGAGUUUUAGCCAUGCCGGAAUCCCCCCGGUGGCUGGUCCUACAAGGCCGGCUUGGUGAUGCCCGGAAAGUUCUCGACAAGACGUCCGAUUCUAAAGAGGAGGCUCAGCUCCGGCUCGGCGACAUCAAGGAAGCCGCUGGGAUCCCGCCAGAGUGGAACGACGACGUCGUUAAGGUGCCGAAACGGAGCCACAACGAUGCCGUCUGGAAGGAGCUCCUCCUCCACCCGACUCCCGCUGUUCGACACAUCCUCAUAUGCGGCGUCGGAAUCCACUUCUUCCAACAAACCUCCGGCAUUGACGCCGUUGUGUUGUAUAGCCCGAAGAUAUUCGAGAAAGCUGGAAUAACCGAUGACACUUACAAGCUACUCGCCACAGUAGCCGUCGGAUUCGUGAAGACCUUAUUCAUCCUGGUGGCCACGUUUUUGCUGGAUCGGGUCGGGCGAAGACCGUUGCUCCUAAGCAGCGUGGGGGGAAUGAUUGCCUCCGUGGCCACCCUCGGAAUGGCGUUGACGGUGAUUGACCACUCCGAAAAGAAGGUGCCGUGGGCGGUCGUCCUGGCGAUCAUCAUGGUCCUAGCCUAUGUGGCGACGUUCUCGAUCGGGAUGGGGCCCAUCACUUGGGUCUACAGCUCGGAGAUUUUUCCGCUGCGGUUGCGGGCACAGGGGACUAGCAUGGGGGUGGCCGUGAACCGUGUGAUGAGUGGUGUGAUCUCGAUGACGUUCAUCUCGCUCUACAAGGCGAUCACGAUCGGUGGGGCCUUCUUUCUCUUCAUGGGAGUGGCGAUGAUUGGUUGGAUUUUCUUUUAUACGCUGCUCCCAGAAACACAAGGCAAAACCCUCGAGGAGAUGCAGCGUCUGUUCGGAUCCUUCUUCAAGUGGCGGUCCACCGCCAGGGAACUGGAGAAGAACAGGCGAGUUGGCGGCGAUGGUACUGGUAACGGCCAAAUCCAAAUGGGAACAACUAAUGGCUGAUUAGUACAUAUUAGGAUUUUGUAUUGUGAGGGGCAGUUUUCUUAAUUUAGUUUGGCAACCAAGAAGGUAUUAAAGUCAUUUAGAUGAUUCCUGUGACCCUGCUACGGCUAUCUGUUUGAGCUCCCAUAUCCUGGCCUGUUUGGAAUGCAGGAAAAUGUUGGUGGGAAAAGCAAGACCAUAAAAGAAAAGGGUGAGAAUUUAGCAAUGGCAACGUGACUUAUAGGACUUGAAAAAGCAA